AUGCCGUAUUCGACGGCCUUCCCGACGGACUUCCCGACGCCGUAUCCGACGCCUUACCCGAUGCCGUACCCGACGCCGUAUCCGACGCCCUUCCCGACGGCCUUCCCGACACCGUAUCCGGCGCCUUACCCGACGCCGUUCCCGACGGCCGUCCCGACGCCGUACCGGACGCCGUCGGCGGCGACUCCGCCGACGCCGAUGGCGUCAACGCCAGCGCCAACGUCGGCGGCGACUCCGCCGACCUCGGCGACGGCCACCGGCGAUCCGCACUUGCAAAACAUCCACGGUGAUCGGUUCGACCAGAUGACGCCAAGUAAGGUUACAUUGGUCAACAUCCCACGUGGUAAGUGCGUCGAGGACGCGCUGCUGGCGAUAGAAGCAGACGCGCGUCGCCUGGGUGGACACUGUGCCGACAUCGAUUUCCAGGAAGUGAACAUCACAGGGGCAUGGGCGGACAAGCUGAAGGCCGGGGGUGUCACCUUCAACGCCGAAGGCGUUCAGAGACACAAGGUGCCGAAAUGGAUGAAUUUCGGGCCGCUGGAGGUCAAAGUCGUCCACGGGCGCACGGAGAAGGGGAUACAGUAUUCGAACCUAUUCGUCAAACACCUUGGGUAUGCUGGCUUUGCAGUCGGUGGGCUACUGGGGGAAGAUGAUCACACUGAUGCAGCGAGGAUCCCAGCACAGUGCUGGACCACGAUUUCGCUGCGUAAGCCGAGCCGGACCAGCGUGCAAGUUGAGCGGGCCUCGGUCGCGACCUCCAGCUGA